GUCUCUGACUGUCAUUCUCACCGUGAAGCCAGCUUUGCUGAAGGGGGCAGAUACUCACAGCUGGCUACCCGAUAGACGCGGCUUGGUGGGAAAUUUUCUGGACGCGUUGAGCCUCGCAGAUGCAUGAGGCUGGACGCCGCCCGCUAUGGGAUUAAGUCUAUCGCCCGACGCGCACUAUCAACUUGGACCGGCGCCCCCACACGCACGCUGCAGUUCGUUCGCCAUUUCAAGCAUGAGACGCGCGACCCGGCUUGGACGAUCCUAGACCACCUCCACUCCCCGGGCCCGAUGAAGGGAAAUGCGCGUAGGGGCCUCCCCCUCGCGCACCGCGAGUGGGACUUCCUCCUCCGCGCGGGCGACAUCCGUGGCUGCCUCGACGCGCUCCGCACCCGCGGGAUCCCGCUCGACACCGUGCCGUUCUGGGGCCUGGCGGAGAUGGUCGCGUUCAACGUCCAGCGCGUGUCACAUGCGGACCUGAUGCUUGACGUCGCGCGGUCUCGGGCACCCGAAGAACCAGCGGGACCCUUGCUCGUCUUCGCCAUGCUUCAUCUCGCGCGCUUCGACCACGUCUCUGCGUUCCCAAGCACCGUCUCCGCCUUCCUAGGCACCGCACACACACACCCCGACCUCCACUUCAACCUCUUCCUCCAAUCCCUAUGCCUGUCCACGCACCCCUCCAAGGACGCCGCGCGCUCGGCCGUUCGCGUCCUGGAAGCCAUGGAUGAUCGCGGCGUCAACCUGCGCCCUGAAGUCUACGACGCCCUCCUCCGCAACCGCUUCGUCACGCUCGAACUUACCAAUUACCUCCACG